AUGAAGUACAAUUUAACCGCCCAGAAAGACCUGUUAUCCUCAGAAAUCCAAAACUACAAAAGGAACCUUACUGAAGUCAACGAACUCCUGGCAAAUGUCACAGCGAGACGAUGUGCCUCUGGCUGGGAGUUCUUCAAUGGAUCAUGCUACCACUUCUCUGAAGACAAACUGACCUGGGAACAGAGUGAAUAUGCCUGCAUCCAUGAUGGAGGACACCUGGUCAUCAUAGAGAGUCACCAGGAGCAGGACUUUAUUAGAAUGAAGGUGGGAAAGACUGAAGUUCCAAACAGCUACUGGAUUGGAAUGACAGACAUGAAGAAAGAAGGAGCGUGGGUCUGGAUGGACAAUACACCCCUUAAUGACAACAUGAAGUACUGGGACCAAAACAAUGGAACAACUAACUCUGGAAGACCAGAACCAAAUGACUGGAACUCAAAUGAAGACUGUGCCCAAAUGGGUGGGCGCUGUUCUGUUCAAAUCAGUUGUUGGUUUGACUAUGGAUGUGAUAUACCAUCUAAGAGAAUCUGUGAGAGCCGUGCAGCCAACUAUUAAUCCUGCCAAUAUUUUUUUUAACCUUCAGCCAGCACAAGAUAGUGGUCAUUGCUGUCAGUACAUUGCAUCACUUUCCCAGACCCAUAUAUGAACUAGCCCUAAACAAAACACCAUGCUUAGUGGAGAUUGUCCAUUUUACAGUAUGAAACAGUCUGAAACAGAUCCAUAAUGAAUGCUUUGGAUGUGUAUCCAGAGUAACUAGCUGCUGUACAUGUCAUCUUUUUCCAACAGGACCAGUGUUUGUGUUUUUGGCUACAAUGCCUCUGUACAGAAGUUACACCUCGUAACC